CCUCCGGCCUGUGAUUAUUUGAAAAAGCUGCAUGCUAGUAUUAAUGAAUAAACAGUAGGCUAACGUGCUAGCCGGAGCCUGUUGGCGACGAGUGCCAGCGGCGGAUGGACGGAGCCAGUCUCCGCUGAUGGUGGUUCAGUUUCAGAUAGCUGGUCGGUUAGCCGGUUAGCUUUCACUGACUGUCUUUGUGGAGGGGACAACACAAGCAGCAGACGUUAGCUGCGUUCCCGAGCAUCUCGGUUAGAUUAGCGUUACUGCACAAACAAGAUCAAUACAGAGGAAAUAUUAAUCCAGCUGCUGACAUGUUUUGAUCUGUGGAGCCCACAGAGCUCUCUUACUCGAUUCAACAGCCAGGAUCUAGCUAGCUGGAGCUAGCAGGCAGCUCACAGUGAUGUGUCAGUGUUUGUGUUUUUAUGGCAUCACCUCACGAGCUUCAGCAGUAUUUGAGCGUCAGUUAUCUUAGUAAGCUGUCCUCCAUGGGAUCCCCGAGGCGGGUUGAAGAAAAGGCUGACGUGAUGACGUUACCGGGAGAAGCGGCUCUCCUGCGGGCUGACAGCUGAUGGAGAGAGGGACUCCUGCUCCUCCUCUCACACACACAGCCGGGGUCGUAUGAGGAGGACGCGGAAUCCAGAAAUGAAACACUGAACUGGACUGAAACGUUACUUGCAUCAACUGGAAGUACUGGGACGUGUUGAACACAAUGGGUGCAUUGCGUGUUGACGAGUUUACAACAAAAAGCGUUUGUCAGCUGACAUAAAAUACUGAAUCUGCCACAGUGGAUGUUAAAUAAUUUCCGGUACUCUCAUCUUUUGCCUUGUCAGUGAAACAGCAUCAACAAGGCAGCUCACUGAUCAAACGCAUCAACAUGACUUGAAUGAGUGCCUUUAUUGUGUAUGCAGCCCAUUCGGCUACAUGAUAUAUUCAAUCCAGCAAUGAAGAAGUCCACAGCUUUGUGACCUCGUUUGUGCUUUUUGGAGAAGUUUUCACUGAUCACCUUUUAAUCAGUAUUGCAAAUCCGCGAGAUAGCCGAGAGAAAGCGCAAGUACUAUGCACCGUUGUCGCUGUCUCACAUCCGACACCGAACCAGUAACCUCAGCAGAGAAGAGGAGCUCAUAACGGUACCGACACCUCCAAAGAACCCUCGAUCUCCCUAAACGUAUUUUUUUUUUUUUUUUUUUUUUUUUUUUAAUCCACGGGGGGUUUAGAGAGCUGCAGGGAUGUUCGCCGCUGUGGAGCAUGGCCCGGUUCUCUGUAGCGACUCCAACAUCCUGUGCCUGUCCUGGAAAGGCCGGGUGCCGAAGAGCGAGAAGGAGAAGCCGGUGUGCAGGAAGCGCUACUAUGAGGAGGGCUGGCUCGCUACCGGGAACGGUCGAGGAGUUGUCGGGGUCACGUUUACGUCCAGCCACUGUAGACGGGAUCGGCCCACCCCGCAGAGAGUAAAUUUCAACCUCAGAGGGCACAACAGCGAGUGGGUGGAGCUGUUGGUCAGAUGGAGCAAGGUGCUGUGUCAGCAUUCCAUAAGGCAGCUGAGGGGAGAGUGGAUGAAUCCCCAUAGAGAGUGACUGAAGCGCAGCAGAAAUGUCAUUUAACUCUGCCCACUUGAAUGUGAUCCAAGUAGUGAAUUUUCCCUUUUGGUGCAUGCGGUGUGAAGGACAUUAAACCUAUGUAACUCUAAUUUACCCACUCUUUUCAUAUGUGAAUUUGACUUUAUCCACCUAUUUAGUG